ACAGUUCUUUCCAGAACCAGUGGAUGCAUUGCUGCCAAGGUUUCCCAAGUGAGUGAAAGAGAAUCUUCAAUAACUCUGUCAAGAAAGGAUCUUACUGAUUUGAAGCAAUCGAUUUCUUCUUUUGGCGAGUACUACGUACCCAUGGAUCCUCAGGCAGAAAGCCAGCAUCACCCAGAGGGAUCUACUAUCAAUGCUAUGAAAGGGAAUAUAAAGAGACUUGAAGCAGAUAACGUGUCACUCCUUGAGGCUUUAAAGAAUCGCGAUCAACAGAUCAAAGAGCUGACGUCAACGAUGGAAUCUCUAGUGCGCGUGUCCGAUGUUGCUGUCCACUUCCUUCGCAUGCCAGACGUCUCCUUCCCUGUGCCACUUCUUUGUAUACCACUGAAGUAUGACAAAGACAGAGUCAAUCUCGACAAAGUCCACAUCAACACAGAAGGAGACCUGGUCAACAGGAAGUCGGGCACCAGACCUGCAGGGGAGGGGAGACUGAAGAAGUACGAGGGCACAUGCAGCACUGAUCCCCUCCCCCAGGAUGGCUGUCCCCAGUACUGGGAGGUGGAGAACAGGGUCAGUGUGGACAAACCACUCUCAGAGAACUGGCUCAUCCUGGAGGUUGGAGUAUGUAGGGAGGAGCAGAGGGACGUGCAUCAUUGUAUAGGUGGACGUCCUUACUCCUACAGUAUGACCGUCUCCCACUGUACUACACACGGCGGGAUAUGCAGGAGGAUAUGGAAGGAGGGGAAGUAUGUGCUGCAUCUGCCUGACACUCUCCCCAACACAGCAGGGGCAUCACACACACUACAUUACGGUGUUGUCUAUGAUGACGCCAGGAAGAAGAUUGUCUUCAUUGAUGUGAAGGAGAAGAAAGUCAUGUCGACGUUAGACAAUGUAGACUGUAGUGAACCACUGUGGCCGAUGUUCGGGGUGUAUAACCCACAGACUGGGUCACUGUCAGCAUGAGACUUGUAGUGGGCAGCGACAUCAACAUGACGGAGGAGAAGAAAGCGAUGAUUGUCAAGGCGCUGUCGUGAUGUCGUGACGUUAGAAAGAUGUUCAUGAUAAUGAUCAAUAAACAUAGAGCUGUAGAUAGUGAAUACGCACUGCCGGGCCGGACUUCUCAAAAAGGUGGCUCUUGACUGAGUGGCCUGCUCGAGCGGCCGUCCGGUUUACUUUGAAAAAGCACAAGACCUUUACAUGGAAGAAGGUAUGAACAGGCGGGAUGAAUUAUAUGAGUGUAUAUAUACAAUGACCUAAUAAAUUCUACUGACCCCAAAGAACAAUUGUCACUGGUAACUGAAAUAGUCAAAAUGAAACAUCUGCUAUUUCCAUGAUACCGACAAUCAAUCUGACGGUGGCAGGCACCAUUUCACUUCACAAGAAUGAAUUGACUGAGCCGUUCGUAAAAUCACUUAGAUGAACGCGUUUGGCCGGUAGAUUUUGUGAACAUUGUUUAAAUGCUUUGAUUAACUUCACACAUAAGAUUCGAGGACGGAAAUUGGGUAUCAUGUGUACACAUUUGUCUUAUCACAGCUCGCAAGGAUGUACAUGUAAGUAACUUUGGAACCAUAGAAAUGACACUGUUUCUUUAUGUGAUUACAAAAAGUGUCAAACUUUAGAAACGCAUGACAAUUGGGAAAACAGGACAUUAUAGAUAUGCUGUGUUGACACUUUUACAAGUUAUAUAUGGUAUAUCAAUAUGUGUGUAUAUAUCUAUCUGCAUACAUUCAAAAAUACGCACGUACGCACACACACAAUUGUGUAGUUUUCCAGAUCGUAAUUAACUAGCCUUUGCAUUAAACCACAACUCAUUUUUCAGGGCGGUGUCGGUUUAAAUAGUUCAUAAUUUGAUAAAAAUACAUGGAAAAUGUA